AUGAGCCAGAAGAAGAAGAAGAGCCAGAACCUGCGGUGUGCUGCUGCCAGAAUUGCAGAGAGUCAGAGACGCAGGAAUGGAAAAUCAACUGUUGAUGCUUCUCCCGUUGGAAGAGAGACCGAGGCAUUGCAAAGGCUGAGAAAAUUUACAGCCGAAUGCAAAGGAAAACCACUCAAGGGAUCCAAGAAUGGUGCCAACGAGAGCAUAUUUGGCACGAACUUUUCCUGCAAAAUUUCCUCAUGGCUUGCUAUAGGGUGCCUUUCUCCUCACUCCAUGUUUGAUCAGCUUAAGAAGUCUACUUCAGGUGUAAUCUCUGCUGCCUUCAACGAGAAAGAUGGUGGCAGUAGCUCAUCAGAUAGUGGCUUGAACUGGUUGAUGUAUGAGCUUCUAUGGAGGGAUUUCUUUAGGUAA